AUGUCUGAACGGGUCACGCGUAGUCAGACGGGCAAGACGCCUAGGUCAGUACACAUAUCGCCCAUCAAAGCUCGCAUCCCUUGCAAGGCUAGAACUCAUGUCGGAUGAUGGAUAGGAAGUCCAUGGUCCCCGAUGGCUUCGUCGAGACUCCCGGAACGACGAAACGGCGGACGCGGAAAUCCGGCGACAGCGAUGCGCGAUCCCCUUCGCCCACAGAAGAUGCGGCGCAGACAGGCAGAGACCCCCUCACCGCGCCGCUCCCCAGUGGGCGGACGACAGAGAAGAAGAAGACGGCGAAUGGACACAUGAACGGCGCGCCCAAGGGACGUGUCAUUGAUGGAUGGCUCGAAGGCUCGGAUCCCAAGAUCGAUUACAACCCACACUUUGAUUUUGGCGGGACGCCUGGUGUCACGGCCAUGAUGAUUGGGUUCCCGGUGCUGAUGUGGUAUAUGUGGAUUGGAGCGACGUACUAUGAUGGGAAGUUCCCGUCCGAGCCCAGCAUGACUUGGGGCCAGUUCGGGAAGCACAUGGUCCAUCUGGCGUAUACUGGCGCGUUCCCGCACGCGAAGGCCUGGGCGAUCUACUGGACUUUCCUCAUCUUUCAGGCGGUGCUGUAUCUCACUCUGCCGGGUGUGUACUCGACUGGAAAGCCGCUUCCUCACGAGGGUGGGAAGCAGCUUCGCUACUACUGCAACGGUGUCUGGAGCUUCUACUUCUCGAUUGUCGUGGCUGGCGUCUUGCACUUCACGGGGCUCUUCAAGCUCUACACCGUGAUUGACGAGUUCGGACCCAUCAUGUCCGUGGCGAUCAUCUCUGGCUACGUGGUAUCUGUUGUGGCAUACAUUUCUGCUCUCCAGCGAGGCGCGCAGCACCGUAUGACUGGCUAUCACAUCUACGACUUCUUCAUGGGAGCCGAGCUGAACCCGCGCAUGUUCGAAUGGCUGGACUUCAAGAUGUUCUUCGAGGUCCGCCUUCCAUGGUUCAUCCUCUUCUUCACCACGCUUGCAGCCGCAGCUCGCCAAUGGGAGACCUACGGCUACGUGACUGGUGAAGUCGGCUUCCUGCUCCUGGCGCACUGGCUCUACGCCAACGCCUGCUGCAAAGGCGAGGAGAUGAUUGUGGUGUGCUGGGACGUCUACUACGAAAAGUGGGGCUUCAUGCUCAUCUUCUGGAACUUGGCCGGUGUGCCGCUCAGCUACUGCCAUUGCACGAUCUACCUCGCGAACCACGACCCAUCCGUCUACCGCUGGUCAAAGCCUGUCCUCGUCUUCCUCUACGUCUCGUACCUCUUCAUGUACUGGGUCUGGGACACGGGCAAUUCGCAGCAGAAGUCCUUCCGUGCCAGGGAGCGCGGCCACUACUCGGACCGCAAGAGCUUCCCGCAAGUGCCAUGGAAAGAAGUCAAGAACCCGGAUCACAUCAAGACGGACACUGGCGAUUCGAUCCUGGUCGACGGCUGGUACAAGUGGGUUCGCAAGCCACACUACACGGCGGAUAUGUACUUCGCUCUGACGUGGGGUCUGAUCACAGGGUUCGAAAGUCCGUUCCCAUGGUUCUAUCCGGUCUUCUUCGCGGCGAUGAUCUUACAUCGUGCGUAUCGGGAUUUCCAGCGGUGUCGGGAGAAGUACGGCGAUGCGUGGCUGGAGUAUGAGAGGAGGGUUCCGUAUAUUUUCAUUCCGGUGAGUUCUUCAUUCCACGUGGUGAUGUCUGGAGGUCGUGUGCUAACUAUGCCUUUUCCAUAGUACGUGAUCUAG